AUGAGGGUUGUGCUUAAGCGACGUCAUCUCGUUGAAGAAGCUAUUUGCCCCUGUUGUGCCAGAGAGGAUGAGACGCAAUCACAUCUAUUUUAUAGCUGCUCGAUGUCGCUGAAGUUGUGGGAAGAGCUGGGUUGUUAUGUGUUAUUGCAAGGGGUGGAAGAUGAAGCCAUGUGUGAUACGCUCGUUAGAUGGAGUGAGAUGGAUGCAAAUAUGGUUCAAAAGGGUUGUUAUAUCCUUUGGAAUGUUUGGGGUGAAAGAAACAAGAAAGUGUUUGAGAAUACUAGCCACCCCGCCACUGUUGUGUGCCAGAGAAUCAUGAGACAAGUUGAUGAUUUUAAUUGUUAUGCUGUGAGGAUUUAUGGUGGAAUGCGAUCCAUCACGGCUCCGAGCCCACCCCGAUGGUAUGCCCCCCCUGCUGGAGUUAUUAAAUUGAACACGGAUGCCAGCUUGGCCGAUGAAGGUUGGGUGGGACUUGGUGUGGUAGCCCGCGAUUCGGAAGGUAAGGUGUGUUUUGCUGCAACUAAACGUGUGCGUGCCUUCUGGCCUCCCGAGGUAGCUGAAUGUAAGGCUAUUUAUAUGGCAACCCGCUUGGCUAAAGCUCAUGGGUAUGGUGAUGUGAUUUUCGAGUCCGACUCUCUAGUAGCUACCAAAAGAUUAACAAAAGCAGCAAUUUUCUUCUCAGAUUUGGAUGCAAUACUUGGGGACAUUCUUUCUAUGUGUAAUGCCUUUUCUUCUGUUUCUUUUUCUCAUGUUAGAAGGGAUGGGAAUUCUGUUGCCCAUAACCUCGCUAGAGUAGUGCCGUUUGGUGUUGAGCAAUGUUGGGAGCGUCAUUGUCCUAGUGUUGUAACACCUUAUACGGGCCUUGGUUCAUUCGCUCUUCUUCUAGCUUUUGCUCUUCUACUGAAGCUUUUUGCAAAUUACAAUGGAUGA